GUGCAGCUUCAGAUCGCACACAGCACCAAGAGGUCACACUGUCUGGACGGGUGGACUGCAAGUUUUAUAUCUUAUUAAAAGCACUUCUCCGAGCGAUCCAGCGCAUCAGUUUUCGCUGACCGAUCAACAACAGCGGCUGCUGACUGUGGUCUUUCCAACUGGGUGCCCUUCUGCCGUAGAGGCUAGUCCGUUUGUUGAACAAACAACAUCUACGCAACAUCGCACGUGAGCUGGCUGACUGCGCAGACAUAAUUCGACGGGACUUUUACGAGUGCAUUAACGCGUAGCAUUCAGAAAAGUAGCGAAAUUAUGAGGCAAAGGCGGUCGCGAAGUUUUUCCAUAUGUGGUCUAAUGUUGGUGGUUUCUACUGUGAUAGUUGGAUCCACCGAACAAACGGGUGGUGCGAUUGAUGAUGCCACGGAGAUAAAAGAACUUAUGGAUGGUGGAGUAUGGAAGUUCACCUGCGACGAGUACUGUGCGUAUUGUGGAUGUGUUGGAGAGUUUCAGGAUGUUCAAAAUAAGUGCGUCUGUAGCUGCCAAUCAGGAGCCGCCGAUUUGAACUGCUUAGAAGAUGUCAAACAAACGAUACAGUUUCUCGGUUUAAAUUACACCCUGGAAAUUCGAGAAUUUGACCCCGCUCGCAGGGAGGAUGUCGAGAUUCUGAACAUCAGACCUCAGCGGCAGACUGGUCCUAUGCAAUCUCCCGGGCGUCGUGUGAAUAACCGCAGGAUACCAAGGCCAGGCCGUGAGCCACGUAUUUCACCGAGCCCCGUGAGACCGCAUCGGCGAAACCGUGAACGUAGACCAUUCCGUCGGACAGGUCCACUAGCCGCGAAUAGUCCUUAGAUAUGGGUAGUAUAAAAUAGAUCAGUGAUGUUUUCUGAUGGGACAGUGUAUUUAUGCAUAAGUGUUUUCAUUCA